GGUGAAGCUUGACUAUUAAAUAUGAUUAUUUAAUAUCAUAUAAUGUCUUAUAAUCAUAACUCUGAAUUAUAGUGGAAAGAUGUAUUCAAUGAGGAAACUGGUUUCUGGCAAUUUAAUCUUAAAUGUCCCAGCAAGUGUGUUGUAGAUGGCGAUCCUUUUUCUACAAGAUUGCAAGAUAAUCUAAAAUUAAGAGAUAAUUGGAGUGAGGAAAACGAAGACAUCGAUUUUGUACCUGAUAUGAAUGGAACAUGCCCAUGUGAGGCUGGUUGGUUUUCAGAUGAAUUCCCACAAGGAAUUAUUGGAAAGUCAACGGAGUCUAAAUUGUAUUUGGACAGGAAAGUGGUGAAGUGCAACGUUUUCAUGCGUUUGUGCUUGCAGAAUUGUUGUGAACGUAAAUGGGAUGGAUGAAAUUUGUCAAGACGUGUUAGAUUUUGUUCAAAAGAUUACUGAUGAAGAAUUAACAACCGCCGACCUACGAUUAUUUUUGUACGAACUGAGGUUUUAUGCUCCUGAGUUAUCUUCCUUGUUAUUCGCAUCCUCUAUAUCGUCAUCGACUGAACUUCCAAGCAACGAUGUUAUAUUGUUACUUAGAUACCUGGUGGCAUUUAUAAAAAAUGUACAUUCUCAUGAUGAACCACCGGAAGAUCCAGUACCUAUACCGAAAACUUACAACCCUGCUAAAUAUUGACGCGCAUAUUACUUUAAUACACAUGGUUGUCAAGUUCGUAAAAUGCGACAGUUCACUAUUGACACAAAAGAACGUAUCCAUGCCAAUUUUGAUGACCCACCAGACAACGCAUGUGAGAAACGCUUUCCAACAGUUUCGAAAAAAGGAACAACCUACGUAUUUCUUUGGUUUUGUCCUUUACAUGGACAUUGCUACGGCUUCCAUACAAUUCCUGGAAGCGAAGGACGAAAGGACCCUGCCGCGUCGCUAUUACCCCAUAUCAACAGCGCUCCUGACGACAUUUUUUACGAUUUUGCAUGCAGUCUUUCGGAAUAUUGCAAAAAUCGAGAAUCUGGAUUUUUUGCAAAAACAAGGUUUUUCCACGACGUAUUUCAUGGUUAUACGCACAAAUGCACCAACGCUUUCAAGCACAACCGUCUUCUUGCUUCAAGUGCGAUAAAUUCUUCCAUUUGUGAGCAAUUUAAUAGUUAUAUUCAAAACAUAAAGUCCUCUUGUAAAUUGAUGUCCCAAACGCAUUUUGCGUUGUAUCUGCAAUUUUUUAUUUACUUGUGGAAUCAACACAAAGAUGAAUCACAUAAUAGAAAAUUGAACAUUGCGCUGUCUGGACGUGCUGAUGAUUGAAAUCUCAUUGUUUGUUUGAACUGAGUUUUUUAUGUAUCGAAGAUAAUAAGUUCAUAAUAUUGAAAAUUGUUUUCUUUAAAUUAAUUUCUAUUCAUUCCUGAAAAAUAUUCUUUUCGACCAAAAUUCAACGAAACACACAAACGGAGUGCGUAUAGGCAAUAAAAUCAUAGCCUAGUCUUCAAUUCAAAACUUUUUCUCCUGAAAAACAGUUUUUCGACCAAAAUUCAACGAAACAACACAAACGGAGUGCGUAUAGGCAAUAAAAUCAUAGCCUAGUCUUCAAUUCAAAACUUUUUUUCUUGAAAAACAGUUUUUCGACCAAAAUUCAACGAAACAACACAAACGGAGUGCGUAUAAGGAAUAAAAUCUCAGUCUAGUCUUCAAUUCGAAAGUUUUUCUCCUGAAAAACAGUUUUUCGACCAAAAUUUAACGAAACAACACAAACGGAGUGCGUAAAAGGAAUAAAAUCAUAGCCCAGUCUUCAAUUCGAAAGUUUUUCUCCUGAAAAACAGUUUUUCGACCAAAAUUCAACGAAACAACACAAACGGAGUGCGUAUAGGCAAUAAAAUCAUAGCCUAGUCUUCAAUUUGAAACUUUUUCUCCUGAAAGACAGUUUUUCGACCAAAAUUCAACGAAACAACACAAAUGGAGUGCGUAUAAGCAAUAAGAUCAUAGCCUAGUCUUCAAUUCGAAAGUUUUUCUCCUUGGCGGAAGAAAUUUUUGCGAAUCGAACCAAAGAAAAAAUAAUUAAUUAUCGAUCUAUUUUUUCCCCUCAAUCCAUUAAAAUUCAUCAUAGAACAUAUUAGAAUAUUUCGUUCUUUUUUACUGUUUUGAGACUAGUGAUGAACGCCCUUUUUCACUUCAACGUUAAUAUCCACAUCAUAUAUUAUAUCUUUUAUUGUACAGGGAGGUCUUGAAAUACCUUGCAGGGUUAAAGUCUUUAUGCCUCGUGCAAUAAGAAAAAAAUUAUAGUUGACAUUCACAAAUACUUGUUAUCAGUAGCAUACUCACGUUUGUAUUAAAGAAGACAUAGGUACCGCGCGCGUAGGGAAGAGAGCUAUUUGUGAUAAUUUCGCGAAAAUGUUUUUCGCGAAUUGACCUAUUGUGAAAAGUUUUGCAGAAGAAACAUUUACAAAUAGCGGAAUUCGCGAAAAGUUCUUCCAUUAGCUCAAUAGAAGAACUUUUCGCGAAUUAAUUGAUUACUUUCA